AUGACAAGAGGCCUGGUUGUUGAAGCGAAAGAAAUUUGGAAUGUUCAGGGAGAUAACUUGUUUAUCUUUUGAAAUGAAUUAUGUCGGACGCUUUCGAAGAGAUUCAGGCUAUCAAAAUAAAGAGGAACAGCUUGCGCGAAAAACUGCAGAAGAGAAAGCGGGAACGACAUGAACUGUUCAGCCUUACUUCGUCUAGUCCAAUUUCGUCCACCUUAGCUGCAGAUCUUCCUGCAGCAGAUGGAAAUUCACUGCUCGUUAAACCAGUACAUGAUGAAUGUGCGCGCGAUAUAUUAUACAUUUUGCAUCAGAGCGUGCCCAAUCUGCCGAUUACUUCUGCGGAUCUCACCGAUCACCUGCGCAAGAAUUUGAGCGCCGAUGUCUCUCAUUCGGAUGUCAACAAAAUACUUGAGAAACUCGCUGCACAAGACAUAGUUAAAGUUAAAGAAGUAACCGAGGAUGGCAUAUUUGGAUACACAGUUCUUUCAGUGGCAGAAGCACAAAGUUCACAUGAAGUUAAGUAUAAAGAUGUCAAUGACCAAGAUGGUACCGAUGUUUCGACGUCGGAACCAAGCGACUGCAGUCACAUAGACAAGCAGUUGAAAUCGGAUGCCAGAAGUACCGAAGAUAUCAUGUCGCUGAUCUCAAUGCCAACAAUAAGAGAAAAGGAAAACAAGAAAGUUGGAGAACAGAUCUUAGACCUGUUAUCAAAACAAACUUCUAAAGAGAAAUCCUUAGCAGAACGUUUCCGUUCACAAGGCGGAGCACAGGUAAUGGAGUUCUGUCCACAUGGAACUCGAAUAGACUGUGCUAAGCUUAACAGUGGAACUGGAUUUGCUGAAAAAUGUAAGAAACUGCACUUUAAGAAAAUUAUUCAGAGUCACACGGAUGAAUCGCUUGGAGACUGCAGUUUUCUUAACACGUGUUUCCACAUGGACACGUGCAAAUAUGUACACUAUGAAGUUGAUGGACCUACUGCCCAGCCAAAAGAGCAGACUGAUAUAGAAAGCUUUAACAAUGCCAACGUAAUCACCAGAGCUCCAGAAUUUAGUAAAAAUGGUACAGGCAAUAAUAAUUGUGGAAUAGGUAGCGAACUGACUCUAUAUCCCCCUCAAUGGAUUCAGUGCGAUUUACGUUACUUGGAUAUGACAGUAUUGGGAAAAUUUGCUGUGAUCAUGGCAGAUCCACCUUGGGAUAUUCACAUGGAACUGCCUUAUGGUACUAUGUCGGAUGAUGAGAUGCGUCAACUAGGCAUUCCAGCAUUACAAGAUGAAGGUCUGUUGUUUUUAUGGGUAACCGGACGAGCAAUGGAGCUUGGAAGAGAGUGUCUUCAGUUGUGGGGCUAUGAUAGAGUCGAUGAAAUUAUCUGGGUAAAGACAAACCAAUUGCAGAGGAUUAUUCGAACUGGUAGAACUGGUCAUUGGCUUAAUCAUGGAAAGGAGCAUUGUCUUGUAGGAAUGAAAGGGAAUCCUCGUAUCAAUAAAGGUUUAGACAGUGAUGUCAUUGUAGCUGAAGUGCGCGCAACGAGCCACAAGCCUGAUGAGAUCUAUGGAAUCAUUGAAAGAAUGAGUCCUGGGACACGAAAGAUAGAACUGUUUGGUCGACCACAUAAUGUGCAGCCAAACUGGAUUACACUAGGCAAUCAGGUUGAUGGUGUGCACUUAAUUGAUCCACAACUAAUCAAAGCUUUUAAGAAGCGAUACCCAGACGGUAAUACAAUGAAGCCUGGAAAAUCGUGACCAAUCGAUGUCGAAUCCUGAGUAGUUAUACUUGAUAAGUACACAAGUCAAAAUAAAACAACCUUUAACCAAGAAAAAAUUACUAUCAACUUUGAUGGUUGAAUUGCUGGGAGUGAUUUACGUAGUUUAUAACAAGAUGGAAUAAAAGAAACAUUGUAUUGAUGUGUGCUGUAGAAAAUGGCCAAUACUUUUUUGAAUAUUUAUGUACUUUACUGUAAUUUGGUAUCUAAGUAGUAUGUAUUGUACUGGAUAUUGAAUAUACAUACAAUAUAUGGAGAU